CUGGAACUCAAACGCGGACUGAGGGGGGAAUUUGGGGACAGUCAUGGCGGGGCUUGGAGUGAAGAGGAGGAAAGCGGGGCUCCCUGGUUUUUGCUGGAAAACCUGCUACUUUCAUAUUUUAUUCUGGGUUGUCUCGGUCUGUGGUGAAGAGAAGACGUUCAUCGUUGAGACAUGGCUGAAGAACUAUGGCUACCUGCUCCCCCACGACAUCCGGACGUCGGACCUGCGGUCAGAGAAAGCCAUGCAAUCGGCAGUCGCUGCCAUGCAGCGAUUCUAUGGCAUCCCAGUGACUGGAAUCCUGGAUCAGACCACCAUAGAGUGGAUGAGGAAACCUCGAUGUGGCGUUCCUGACCACCCCCACAUCAGCCGGCGGAGGCGGAAUAAACGCUACGCCCUGACGGGACAGAAAUGGAGAGACAGAAAGAUCUCUUACAGCAUACACAACUUUACCCCUAAAGUGGGGGAGAAAGACACGCAGAGAGCCAUACGGCAGGCCUUUGACGUGUGGCAGACGGUGACCCCACUGACUUUCCAGGAGGUGGCCUACUCCGAGAUCAAGAACGAGGGGAAGGAGGCCGACAUCAUGAUCUUUUUCGCCUCUGGAUUCCAUGGUGAUAGCUCUCCAUUUGACGGAGAGGGGGGGUUCCUGGCCCACGCCUACUUCCCGGGCCCUGGGAUUGGAGGGGACACUCACUUUGAUUCGGACGAGCCCUGGACACUAGGCAACGCUAAUCAUGAUGGUAAUGACCUUUUCUUGGUGGCGGUACAUGAGCUUGGGCACGCCUUGGGACUGGAGCAUUCGAAUGACCCCAGUGCCAUAAUGGCUCCCUUCUACCAAUACAUGGAGACACACAACUUCAAACUGCCCCUCGAUGACCUCCAGGGUAUCCAGAAAAUAUACGGUGUCCCUACAGCCAUGCUGGAGCCUACACGACCACUGCCCACCUUGCCCGCUCGCCGAACCCACCCCACCUCAGAGAGGAAACAUGACCGUCAGUCCCGCCCGCCACGUCCGCCCUCCGGUGACAGGCCCUAUUUCCCCAAUGGCAAACCCAACAUCUGUGAUGGCAACUUCAACACCGUGGCCUUCUUCAGACGCGAGAUGUUUGUCUUCAAGGACCGAUGGUUCUGGCGACUGCGGAACAAAGAGGUGCAGGAGGGCUACCCGAUGCAGAUUGAGCAGUUCUGGAAAGGUCUACCGCCCCGUAUCGACGCCGCCUACGAGAGAUCGGACGGCAAAUUCGUAUUCUUUAAGGGUGACAAGUACUGGGUAUUCAAAGAGGUGACUGCUGAGCCCGGGUACCCCCAGAGUCUGGUGGAGCUGGGUAACUGUCUCCCUAAGGACGGCAUUGACACAGCACUGCGCUGGGAGCCCGUGGGCAAAACCUACUUCUUCAAAGGGGACCAGUACUGGCGCUACAAUGAGGAGAAACGCAUGGCCGACCCGGGCUACCCCAAACCCAUCACUGUGUGGAAGGGCAUCCCCGAGGCGCCGCAGGGAGCCUUCGUCAGCAGGGAGGGCUUUUAUACCUAUUUCUACAAAGGGAAGGACUACUGGAAGUUUGACAACCAGAAGCUGACCGUUGAGCCCGGCUACCCCAAGUCUAUUGUCAAUGACUGGAUGGGCUGCCACCAAUCAGACAUGGAGAAGAACAAAGACCGGCAGCUUCCCCACGAUGACGUGGACAUCAUGGUGACCAUCAAUGACGUGCACAGCACUGUCAACGCCAUCGCUGUGGUGAUUCCCUGCAUCCUGUCCCUGUGCAUCCUGGUCCUGGUCUAUACCAUCUUCCAGUUCAAAAACAAAGGGGUGCAACAGAACGCCACCUACUACAAACAUCCGGUCCAGGAGUGGGUAUGACAGGCUUAGGCAGCGCGCCGCCACUUACGAUACGAAACUGCGCUGAGAGGGCUACAAAAACUCUGAGCACCAUGUGACCAGUGCCUGUCUUGCACAAACCCUUUGCGAGAAGGGAAGGAGGGGAAUUAAGUUACUCCCUUUCAUCCACUGUCAAGGACCUCUAGAUGAACAUCGCCAAAAUUGAGUAUGUUGAAUAUUAGCAUGAGGCGAUUCAUAGGACGCUGGGAGGCUUUGAGGGUAAGGACAGAGCACAGCAAAUCCGAUUGCUCUGCCUUUUGCGCCUCGUCUAUCUGUUGUCCAUUCUUAUCUGGCUGUUUCAGUGGGGGUUGUCACACAUACUUUACCUCGAUGGGACUCCCAUACACUUUUUCUCAGGGGGAGAGAGAGGGGGAGCCUACCCUCACAUAGCCAGGUACCAGUAAUCUGUCCAGUAUCAACUUGUACAUGAACUUCAAGUAUUAUCAAGUCAAACAAGAUAUUUAAAUAUUUUUUUUUUACUUGAACAAAAAAUGUAGUAGAAAGGCCAUAGAAAAGAAUACCAAGGAUUUCUGUGGAUCAUUUAAUAUUUUCAGUUCAAGAGCUUGGAGUUAUCAAGAGGAGAAACUUUGUACAUCGCAAAUGAUAAAUGUCUUCAUAGCCAGACCUCUGCCUCUAGCGAUGGACUCACCUAAGCUAGAGGACUGAGACUGUAAUUAUGUCUUCUGAAGGACCGCCGCUAUACCAACAUCCCCCAGCACAGACUCCCUGCUCCUCUGCCUGAACCAAGGGGCGUAGGAGAGAGCGAGUUAGCAUUUAAAGACAUUGGUCACAGUUAUCUUUCUUAGAAUUAUACUUAGUUUUAUUUUUUUUACAUGCCUCAAGGCGUAGAGGAGUACCUAUGGCCAUUUCCAUAGGCUAAGCAUGUCAGACCAACAUUGACUAGGCACAAUGAACUGCUGUUGAGGCAGCCUGAAUUGCACUCCAUACCCCUCUUCAUUCCUCCUUAUUUCUCUCACUUUCUCUCUUCCUCCAACUGUGUCGCUCUCUCUUUAUAUACAAUGCCCUCCGUAAUGG